CUCUGCCCUUGUUGACGCGAGGAGUUCUGAUCAAGGCCUUCCUCUUUCUUGGAUCCCAUCGUAUUCUCCGUCGUCCUACGAUUUCCAGACCCGUUGCUCCGGCCAGAAGCUGAACUCGCCGUCUCAAUCUUUUAUUUUACUUGUUGGUCUGAUUCAAAAUCUUAGGUUUUGGCCCUUCAAUAUCUCCGGACCAUUCUUGUGUGUCGUCUUCUCCGAUCCAUUUGUGGACCCUGCUUCAUUCUUUUUCUGUUCUCUCUCCCUUUCACGACAAGACGAAUAUGACGUCUCAACAUUAAACAAUUCUCGAAUAUUCAUUCGUUCUUACGGUUUUGCCCUCGCCGACGUGGCAUGAUUUGGAACCUCCAUGACCAGUCACUGUCCUCGCAGGAUUUUGCCACCUGGUGGGACGAGAAAGCGGAAGGAGAGAGAAGCUCCGCGCUCCCCAUCGGGUCCACCACCAGCCGCACCAACUGCUACGGCUUAUUCGGCUAAUUCAGGAGAAGCCGAGGAGGGGAAGCCGAUAACUUCGAAUCGGCUUCUAGCCGGCUACAUGGCUCACGAGUUCUUGACAAGAGGUACUCUGUUUGGGCAGAAGUUCGAGUCGGGAGGAGCGGAGGCUGUCCCCUCGGCUACCCCCAGCUCCUCAGCUUGGGCGCAGCCGAGCAUAAGGAAGGAAGAUAGCAGUCAUGCUAAGAUGGCAAGCAUAGUGCAGUCAGAUGGGACCCACAUCCCGGGCGUCGUGAAUCCAAGCCAACUCGCUAGAUGGAUGCAAAUAUGACGUGGCGGUUUCUGAUGGGGGAGGGGAUGGUUGGUUGACAGCUAAAGGAAAGGUGGUGAGUAAGUAUCGGAUCCAACCCAGACGAUAAGAGCAUGAGAGUGGGAUAAGCAUGCGCAUGUGAUUGUGGUUUGUAAUUUGUGGCGUCGAUCGAAUAUGGAGUUUUACAACAGAAUGAACAGAAAUAGUGUUUGCAUAGGAAUUGAUAGGUACAUUAGCCUGGCCUUGGGAUGAUAUGUAUUUUGUUUGAUUGAUGAAUGAACUGAAUGUACUCCUA